AUGAGGAAGAUGGGGAAGACAGAUCCACCGAUGCUGACCGGCAAAUUCCUUCGGGUGCUAUCGUGGGAAGAGGCGCGCCAGAGUAGCAGCACGGGAGAAGAUGAAGGUCGAGGAAGAGGGCAAAGACGCGGGGGUGGAAGAAGAUAUGCUUGUGGUCAUCGCCUUCCGAGACGACGGACCGGGCGAUUCAGAUUUCUCUCGUUCCUUGCCUCAAUGACAUGCUCUGCUUCUUCAGCUUGCAGGGAUGAGGAGAGAGCUCUAUUGUUGGCAUGGACUGAUGGCAUGAUCUGUUUGAGGGAGCAGCAGGUAGAAGAAAUCCAAAGCCAAUUUCGCUCAGCUGUAGCGUCUUCCAUUGACAAUAAAACUGCACAGCAGCCUAAUGUGGUAAAGAGAAGGAAAAGAGAACAUUGGAGAAAAAGGCAGCAGGACAGAUUCUCUAAGCUUUCUCAUAUGUUUGAACAAUUAGAAGAUAGUUACAAUCAUUUUUCUCUUGCCUUAUUAAAUCUUGAUGUUAAUAGGCUUUGGAAGAGUUAUAAUUGUGAAGGUGUGUACACAUCAACAACUAAUUCCCAUGAUCCUAUUACAGUUUGUUGUAACGACAAAAUUGAGCAGCUCUUACUUGAGUAA